AUGGGGUUGGAGAUGAACGAGGAAAAAAAGAUCGCAACCAACACCUCGUCGCGGGCGGCCAGGAAUGCCUCGAAGUCAAAGGCACAAGAUCCCUCUGCGUUCUCAUGGUUCUCGCUUCCGCAGCCCAUCAAACGCAUAUUCGAUCGCUUUCCCCUGAUCGUCUAUCCUCCAAAUGUUCUCCCCCAGAGGGCCCCAGGACGCCGAAGUGAGAACAUCCUCUAUAUUUUCCAAUCCGACGUACCACCGAGUCGAGAUGCUCCGUCUUUCAACCCGUCCUGUCUUAAAUGGCAAGCGUAUCUCAAAUUCCACGGCAUCCCUCUACGCACGAGACCGUCGAACAAUCACGCCUCACCCACCGGCUCUCUGCCUUUCCUCCUCCCUGCGUCUCAAGAAGACCAGCGGCCACCGUCUCCGGUUCCUGCCAACCGACUAGCAAGAUGGGUCGUAUCACAAGGAGGCAAAGAGGAGGCAGUACAUGUGCGGCAAGAUGUCUACACAGCGCUCAUCGAUCACAACAUUCGAAGCGCGUGGCUCUACUACUUGUAUCUUGAUGAGCAUAACUUCCAGGCCGUGGCAUGGCCUAUGUACGUGGCAUCAGCAUCUUCCACAUGGGCCGUUCGGACGGAGCUUGCCCGUCAACUUCGCAAUGCCGCACGAGACGAACUGCUAAAGACGAGCGCUAUGAUCGACCAGCAAGAACUGUACAGUAAAGCGGAUGAAGCGUUCCAAGCACUGUCUACUCUCCUGGGAGAACAGAAAUUUUUCUUUGGACAGACAACCCCUGGACUCUUUGACGCGAGUUUAUUUGCAUAUACCCAAAUCAUUCUAGAUGACGAUCUCGAUUGGCGAACGCUUGUGUUGAAGACGGCGUUGCAAAAGUAUGAGAAUCUUGUACACCACCGAGCACGCUUGGUUCGGGGCUUCUUUUCCGGCCGGACCCCAAGCGUUCACUCCAUGGACGAGUGA